UAUAAAGCUUCUCCUCGACUAAAUCGAGAGUGCAUUUUGCUAAGAUCUUCAACAGGAACGUAUCUUAUCACAACGUCAAAGAAAAUUAAGAUGGCCAAGAAAUUUGCAUUUGUUGUUCUCGUCCUAUCGAUGAUCAUAAGCACCGUGCUUUGCCAAACGUUUCAAUACAGUCACGGAUGGACUAACGGCAAGAGAUCCGAGUUCCCGAGCUCGGCGGACAUCUCUAAUCCAGGGGACGAACGUUUCAUCAAUGGCGAACUAAAGAAAUUAAAGAUGCUGAUGUAUGGGAACAUCGAUGAACAACCGCUGAUGAUUCAUUGUGAUUUUGUGGAUAAACUGAGAAAAUUUGUUCGUACGGAAAAUUAUGCUUCUCAGCUGCGACAAAAGGGACAAAACGAAGAUAAUUACUGAAAUGAACACUUGGUGAUGAUCAUCGUAUAUUGAUCAUCGCAAGAUUUAUUGUUUUGAGAUAAUAUGUAAUUUUAGGAACGCUUUUUUAGUUCUAAUUAAAUCGAGUAAAUAAAUUAUUAAUGCACUUAAA